AUGCUCACACUCAAACUGAUUGUUUUUGCUGGUUUUGUUUCCAUUGUUGCUGCAGGACGAUGGGCACAAAUCUGUGAUGGGAAUCCUUUGAACAGCAUAAGGGGCUGUGAUAAGUAUGGCUGUGGAUAUUAUGGAGCUCCAAGAAAUGGCAGAAAGCACCUAGCAGUGGAUGUUAAAUGCCAGGACGGAUCAGGAGUGUAUGCUCCUUUUAGUGGCCUGAUUGUGAGACGCAUUAAACCCUUUGGAAAUAAUAAUGCCAUUGAUGAUGGAAUCUUACUCCGUGAAGUAAAAUCAGGUUCUUGCAUAAAACUGGCCUUUAUCAGGCCUUUGAGAAACAGAGGCUGGAUCAGGAAGGGAUCUAUAAUUGGAGUAAUGCUGCCAAUGCAGAGCGUGUAUCCUGAUAUAACAUCUCAUGUUCGCAUCCAGAACUGUGACUACUCAAACCCUACUGGCAACUUAUAA